AUGACCUCACCGGAUCAUGCCCCGGAUGCCCUGAUCGGCGGGACACUGCAAUUUGACACAACAACCGAAUGGGGCCUUGAUUUCCAUUCCCAAGUGACCCUGGGAUUCGACGUCAAGAGCCUCCAGACACUACUCGCCAUUCCAUCGGCGUAUCGCCGGCCAGAGUCAGAAGACAAGGAUGGCAUGCCGAGCCCCUUGGACGUCUACAAGCAGAACCUAGUGUUAGCGUUCGGCGCGGAAGACAUCAAUGUUAAGGAUUCUACCAAGAAGGAAGGGUACAACUGGGAAUGCAGCAUGAACGAGGCGAUCAAUUACACCACCAUUGACAAGGUGGAGUUCGGUCUGAAUAUGCAAUAUGUUCCUGCCGAUCGUUCAAUUUGGGAACAGAUUGCCAACUUUGCAAUCCAAGCCAUCGCAGUUUUUGCAGACCUGAUCCCAGGCAUUGGACCUUUCUUAUCAGUAGCUAUUUAUAUUGGUGGCAACUGCCUUCUCGAUGCCAGCUGGGGGGAAAAUUGGGACAACAGUGCUCCGGCUGUCAUCGCAUGCAUGGUCUCAAGCCGAGCAAACCUUAGGAAGUGGACUGUACGCAGUGCUAACAAAAUCAACAUGCUUCGCAUUGACGCGUAG